UCUAAUAUUGUCGUUUAUCGUGUGUUUAUUGCAGACCGCAACCAUGGGUCGCCGGCCAGCCCGCUGCUACAGAUACUGCAAGAACAAACCCUACCCCAAAUCCCGUUUCUGUAGGGGUGUGCCUGAUCCCAAGAUCAGGAUCUUUGAUUUGGGCCGUAAGAAGGCCAAGGUGGAUGAGUUUCCCCUGUGUGGUCACAUGGUAUCUGAUGAGUAUGAGCAGCUGUCUUCAGAAGCUCUUGAGGCUGCCCGUAUCUGUGCUAACAAGUACAUGGUGAAGACCUGCGGCAAGGAUGGUUUCCACAUCCGUAUGCGCCUUCACCCAUUCCAUGUCAUCCGCAUCAACAAAAUGUUAUCCUGUGCUGGAGCUGAUAGGCUCCAGACAGGGAUGCGUGGUGCUUUUGGAAAGCCCCAGGGUACCGUGGCUCGCGUGAACAUUGGUCAGGUGAUCAUGUCCGUGCGCACCAAGGCUGCCAACAAGGAGCACAUCAUUGAGGCUCUGAGGAGGGCAAAGUUCAAGUUCCCUGGACGCCAGAAGAUCCACAUGUCCAAGAAGUACGGCUUCACCAAGUUCAACGCUGAGGACUUCGACGAAAUGCUGCAGGAGAAGCGCCUGAUCCCAGACGGCUGCGGGGUGAAAUACAUCCCCAGCCACGGACCCCUGAAGCGCUGGAAGGCACUGCACACAGUCCACUAAAUGUCAGCAUCUGAGUGCACUCUGGCUCACAGCAGGGUGAUCAGUCAAUAAAUAAUAAACAAAAAUCUUUUGGUUA